UGGUCAUGCUUUUCUAGCUAGAUGAGACAUCUGCAAGUCCAGAUUAUUAACCCAUCUCCUUCUCCCCCCCUUUCAAAAAGCCUCAAUGCAAUCACUUCCUUGACUGCGACCCCUUAGAGUAGAACUCUAUAAGCUUUGGCCUCACUCCCCAACACCAUCAUUUUCCCUUCAUACACUCACACCCCAUUAGAGCUUUGUUCUCUUCCUUUAACUCUUAUCAGGAUCCAGAUUUUAGUGAUAAAACAGCCAAUUUAAGCACUCGGCUUGUUCAGUUCCACCUUUGAUAAUCUCUCUCUCUCUCUCUCGCUCUCUCUGUGGAUCAUGGGACGCCAUUCAUGCUGCUACAAGCAGAAACUCAGGAAGGGGCUAUGGUCGCCAGAGGAGGACGAGAAGCUGAUGAGAUAUAUCACCAAGUAUGGCCAUGGCUGCUGGAGUUCGGUGCCUAAACAAGCAGGCCUGCAGAGGUGUGGUAAGAGUUGCAGGUUGAGGUGGAUCAAUUACCUGAGGCCAGAUCUGAAAAGAGGAACAUUUUCGCAGCAGGAGGAGAAUCUGAUUAUUGAACUCCACGCAGUCCUGGGGAACAGGUGGUCUCAAAUUGCGGCACAGCUUCCUGGGAGAACUGAUAAUGAGAUCAAGAAUUUGUGGAAUUCAUGCAUUAAGAAGAAAUUGAGGCAGAGAGGGAUAGACCCCAACACUCAUAAGCCCCUUGCCGAGGUUGGGAAUGGAGAAGACAAGUCACAGUCGAACAAUGAGAAGGCUUCCGCACCAAGUGAGCUGAAGCUUCUCUCCACCACCGCGGUUGAUGCUGACAUGAAGCCGAACGCCCCGUUGGCCGAAGACGCGUACCAACUUGAAGGAUUUGGCUCCAAGAAUCAAAUCAGCGGCAACUCAGCCAAUUCUCUGUCCAAGGAACUGAUCGUAGACAGGAUCAUGAAUUGCCAGGAAAGCUCCUCCAGCCGAAGAGCUCCAGAAUUGAUGGGUUAUUUCCCUCUUCAGCCCGUCAAUUACGCCGCGAGCUCCAGCAGCCAAACUUCUUCUGUUGGGCUCUCUGCAAAUCCAAGUUCGGUUCUUUGGUUCAAUCAGAACUGCAGGCCGUUUGAGACUAUUGCGGAGUACGCGCCAAGUAAUGUGCAGACAAUGGUUCCUCCCGUCACUCUGACUUCUCCAGUCUGCAAUCCCAGUUCUCUUAUACCGUCAUCAAUGAGCAAUUCCUCCGGCAGCUGCGUUACCGGAGUUCAAUUCUGGGAAGCCGGCCGGUCGUGCAACAGUAGCAGCAGUAGCGGCAGCAUUGAACUGCAAAACAGCAAUUCUCUAUUUGAGAGCACCAUGUUUCCAUGGGGAUUGGCAGAUUGCAGAGUUGAUACAUCGGAGCUUGCCGACAAGGACAAUCAAAUCCAAUUUGACGGCGAGCAGGACGACGUUAAGUGGUCGGAGUACCUCCAACCACCUUACGUAUUGCCCGCAAAUCUUGCGACUCAGAAUCCCCCGCUGUUCAGCGAAAUAAAAUCGGAAGACCAGUUUGGUAUUGAGAAUUCAAGCUCUUGGAACCAUCAUCAACAACAAAUGGAGAGCUCAGACGCAUUCAGCAAGGAUUUUCAGCGAAUUGCAGCAGCAUUUGGGCAUCUUUAGCCUGUAAAUUUUCUAAAGAGUCCAUCUCACUCCCUUAGGCACUGAAAAAAGAAAAAGGAGACAAGAAAGAAACACGGAUCCUCACAUUUUCUAUUUGAUAGGUUUGAAUAAAGGCUUUCGGUUACAGGUGUGUGCCACAUAUUUUUCUCUUGUAAAUAGGGCCUGAUACAAAUUCCAGUUUGUAAUCUUCGGAUAUUUGUCAAGAAACAAGCUAACUCUCACCUGCCUAUUUGGUAGCCAGCAGUGCGAGUGAUGCCUGUUUCUUGCUUUCUUUCCAAUUUGUCAUUCUCAGUUGUUUCUCAUACUCAGAUUGCAUCCUGUUCUGUACCUGUAAUCAGUUUAUAGAAGCUCUAAACUCUUGCUUGAUUGUUUUCCUCCACCACCAAAACUCAUGUCCACCAUCAUGUUUGCAAUAAAAAGGAACAACUCUUUGCCUCA